AUGAAAGGAAAAUCUGUCGAUUGGUGAGUUUUUCGGUUGAAAAUUGUGAAAAAAAAACGGAAAAAAAAUGAUGAGCACGUGAUUUUCUAUCGAUUGCUCAGGUAAAAUUUCAAACUUUUCUUAGCUAUUUUCAAACUUUUCCAGGCGCCACCUAAGAAAUUCUUGGAAAAGUUUGAGAAUUGCUUAGAAAAGUUUAAGAAUUUCUGGAAAAAGUCUGAGAAUUUCUUGAAAAAGUUUAAGAAAGGCUUAGAAAACUUUUUAGUGCUUCAGAAAGUUUGAAAAGGUCUUGGAAAAGUUUUUUGUCUUGCGAAAGUUUGAGAAUGUCUUCAGAAGAGCCAAGAAAAGUUUGACAUUUUACCUGAGUGACAUCUCAUUUGACGCCAAAAUGUUUCAGGUUCGUGGUCUACAAGCUCCCGAAACUGAGCGGCGGCACCGACGGAAAAGAGUUUGUGUACGUGGAUUCCGAGAUGCCGAGCAGUUGGCAGAAAGGAAAUGAUAUAAACGACCCGAAAGUGGCCGUCGGAGCUACAGUAUCCCAAGUCUACGAGUCGGAUAACGACGAUUUCUCGUUUAUGUACAGCGACGACGACCCGGUGAAACCAGCGGAUUCGUACCGCGGACACGCCAAAGGAGUCGCGCUUUUCGACACGAAAACAGGCUUCUGGCUCAUUCACAGUGUGCCAAACUUCCCGCCAACAAAGUCUUUCGCCUAUCCGCCGACCGCCGAAAAGUACGGACAAUCCUUUUUCUGCUCGUCCCUGCCUGUGGAGCACUUGGCCGAUCUCGCCGAGCAUUGGAAGUACAUUCAGGUGGGUGUGGGAUUACUGUAGGCUCAGAGGGAGUUAUUUGCUGGUUGCAGGCCAGUCCGUACUUGUUAAACCUGCCGGAGAAGUUUGCAACUCGCUUCCCGACUCUGAAAAACGUGCAGGCAAAGCAGAGUUUGGCACGGUCGGCCACGCAAUUUUCGGUGGCGAAACCCAUCAAAACGGUGCAGGGAGCGGUGAUGAUGGCGUACGCGAAACACAAAAAGUUCGACGGAGACGUCUGGAACGACGUGAUUUCGCGCCAGAACAGAAUAACGCUGGCCGUCGAGAGCUGGCUGAACGGCAGCGGAGACGAUCUGCACACGACGUGCACUUCGAGCAGCCAGGUCCGAAUAAUUUGAUACGAUUCACAGUAUUCGCAUACGACCGUACUCGCUUUCAGACCCACGACGUCACAGAAAUGCGCGUGAGCGGUCUCAACUUUGCCAGUUCGAAGGAUCAUUCGAAAUGGGCGGUCUCGAGUACGGACAGCAAUCCGAUCGUGUGUUUUGGCGAUAUGAACAGACAAGUGAGCACUGUUUCCGGAGAGGACCACCAACUUUUAGGGACCGUCUUUCUUUCAGAAAUCUCAACUGAAACGUGGCGGCGGCGCGUUGUGCAUCCAGAAUCGUGCGCUCUGGCAGACCUAUCAUUCUUCUGUUGUCCAAGUUGAACCGUGUAAAUCCUCGAAUCACUUUUCACUUCAAAUUGCGUUCCUCGCAGUAUUUAUGAGCUUUUGGGCGUCAAAAUAG